AUGCAAGAAAAAAAUGAUCCGAAGCAGCAAUGGUGUAAAAUUGUUAAUCCUGAUUUUUCAGAAAUAUUUACAAUUGAAGGCUUUCAAAAUAGUAAAAAUGACAUAGUUUAUGCUGAAGAUCCAUCUGAAAUUUCUGCUCAGUUAAGAGAAACACAAAAGGUAAAGUAUCCAAGUGGUGUCAUACUUUGGGAUGCGAUUUGUACGAACGGUUUAAUACCAAAUGAUGACUCCAUCAAUGUUACUAAAUGGUUAAAAAGUCAACGUCAAGAUGGUCAACGUAAGAAAAUGUGUAUGAUUGGUGAAUUGUAUGCUAAGUUCUUACAUGAAGAAGCAAUUCCUGCAAUUAAUAAAGUGGUUGAAGAUUUGAACAAGGUCAUUUUUCAAGAUGACCAAGAUUCAAAACAAAGAACUCAAGUUGCAAUGGAUGUCAUUGGUGAUUCUUUUGAAGAAAAAGUUGAACCAGGUGGUGAAGAUGACAAAUUUGCAGAUGUAUGGUCCAUUGAAAAUAUUUUGGAAAUACUCAGAGAAAAAACCUGA